UGUCUUCGGCCUCCGUUCGCCGGUGUGGGGCCCACCCAACCACGGCUCCGGCCCGCGCCAACAAAAUAGAGUCAGGCGGGAAAACCGCCCCCCGCGCGCCUCAAUCCAAUCCCGCGCCACGCUCUCCUUCGUCUUCACUUUCGCGCCGCCCCAGUUCGGAACCCUAGCGAGGGUCCUAGAUCGGGAACGGAGGGCACCAUACGAUGGCUGCCGCGGCCGCCGACGGAGCGCUGCUCGACCUGCUGCCCCAGAUCCACGCCCUCUUCUCCGACCAGCUCCGCGUGAUUUCAUACAAAUGGCUGAGUCGGAAUUUUUCUGUAUCAUCAAAUGAUGCCAAGAGGCUGCUUCAGGAGUUCGUCAAGAAACAUGGAACUGAUCACCAAGUGAUUUACAGUGUAUCUGGGUGGUUAAAGAAUAACCCGCAAAAUUAUUGUGUAAAACUCACUUCAGGACAUAAACUUGAAGAAGCAAGGCAAGAGUUUAAGGAUUCUUGUUCAGUUCAGGUUUACAGUGUCCAGGCUUGUAUCCCAAAAGAUACUGCCGUACUUUGGAAUCCUGAAUUUGUGCAAGCAGAGGAGUUGUUCAAUCAGCCAUUUGAUGAAGAAAAUUGUUUGAGAGAUAAUAGGUUUUGUGGUGUUUUGAAUUCUUUUGUCAAGCGAACUACCAAAGGGAAGCAUGUGGGCUCAGUGCCCCCAAAGCCUACGAAUAUUGCUGCAGUAGCUGCACUGUCAAAACCUAGUAGUGCUCCAAAAGAACAAUCUGUUAUUGGUCGACAGCAAGGUCUACCUCGACCAUCAAGUCCAAAGAAAGAAACAAGUAAUAAGGCUGGUCGACAGCCAGGUCUACCUGGACCAUCAAGUCCAAAGAAAGAAACAAGUAAUAAGGCUGAGAAGGAUAAUAUCCCAGUCCUGGAUAAAACAGCCAAUGCUCCUGUUGUCAAAGAACCAUCAAUUGCUAUACAUGCAAAUAAAGCCAAAGCUCAGAACGGAAAGGCUCUGCCCAGUAAUGGUGGAUCCCUGGCUACCAUGUGGGGCCGUGCAUCAGCAAAACCCAAGGCUCCAGCUGUCACUAAUGCUACUACAGAUUUACCAAGUGUUGCUGUGACAGCUGAUGCACAGAUAUGUGCAAAAGAAGAAGCAGAUGCUGAUAGCAGUGAUGAUGAACAAAGUGUACACUACAAGCGGGCUUCUGGAGGUGCAAGCAACAGAAAGAGAAGAGCGGUCUUUGAUCUUUCAGAUGAUGAGGAGGAGGACAAUGUUACAGCCAUUGCAUCUCCGGAGCCACCAAAACAAUGUGUCACAAAACCUGGUACAGAAUCUUCUCAAGAUGAUAAACCAGAGAAGAAGAAAUUGGAAGGCAAACAGGAGAUAGUGAAUGACGUGAAAGAUGUUACAAAUGGGACAGAUUCUGAGUUUACUUCGGAAUGUAAAACCAAAAGUCACAACACUAUCAACCAAUCUGGAAUUACCUUAAAAGAAAAGAGCAAAGAUCCGCCUACCAAUGGCAAUAAUAAGCAGGAUCACGCUGCUGAGACUGCUUCAGACGCACCAAAAAGAAGGAAGGUUUUGAAGACACGCAUAGAUGAGCGAGGGAGAGAAGUAACUGAGGUUGUCUGGGAGGGUGAAGCUUCUGACAGUGACAAGGCAGAGAAAAAUGUGACCAGUCCUGAUGCUGCACCCAGGCCAACUCUUCCAAGUAAGCCACAGCCGGCAGCAAACACUGACAGAAGCAAUGUUGCAAGUAAAACAGCAGGCGCCAAGAAGCCUGCCAAAGCUGCUCCUCCCAAGCAAGGGAAGAACAUAAUGUCAUUCUUCAAGAAGAUAUAAGCCUGCCCUCCUAUCUGAUGACCUGUCGAGCAAACUGUCUCCUGCACUAGCUUCAGCCACUGAACACAUGACAGCCGAGCUAGCUCCACCUGAAUAUCACCUCGAACAGGGACGCCUUCUCCAAGCAGCGGUUAGCUUCAUCGCAAAAGAAGGUAAAAUGAAUCGUUAGCUGUGCCACUUUUUCUACCGAAGUUGUAGCAUUUUGUUGUACUUGUAGGUAGCUUGUUAGUUUGAUUGGACAUACAUUUAUGUUUCGGAGAAUUCAGAGGCUCCCUUGCUGUACAUACGUAUCCUGUGAUCCUGUGUUUCUGAACGUGCCCGAUGUGUUUUCCGGGAACAAGAAAGGAACGCUACCAUUCUGAUUCGUGAAAA